AUGUCGCCCUGGAUCCAGGCCGACGUCACGGAUAGUGUGGUAGUUGAGAUAGGUUCAAGAACCACUAACGAUGAUAUCAUGAAACAAGUUGAAGAAGAAAAGCCUUCUGAUCAUUACCGGACUUCAUGGGGUAUCUUCUCCGGAGACAUAAUGUGUUAUAGUCCAUGGGACGACCAAAAUUUGUUUGCUCGCGUACGAAAUAGCGAGAUAAAGAGCGUGACGAAGGGUGAGCCUAGCAUGGGGAGAUACAAGUGGUACAUUAAUUACUUGUUGGGGGUUAUAUACAACCCAUUGGGCUACUCUGGAAGGCUUCGCCCACCAUCUUACGAACAAGAUAAACGUGAUUUAUCAUGCCCUAGUUUAUCAUAUGGUUCAACAGCUUCAGGAUCGACAUUUGUUGUGCAGACGGCAUCCAUAAGGCUCAGUCGUUCGGGGACCCCAAGCAUUCAAGAUGAUGAGCUCAAACAGACAGAAAGUAUCAGAAGUGCAGGUCCUCCGAAACAAAACCGGGUAGACCCAGCCGCUCUUCAUGGACUCGGAGCUCGCUUUUGGACAUUACCUAGCAGCCUGGAACAUUUGGACCUAUCUGAUACCGACUCUGUAACAGAAACGUCGUCCGAAGAUGAUGAUGAAGAUGCGGAUCCGUUUGAUGACUUACAUCAGGCCAUCAGACAGGCAUUUUCAUCUGACGCGCAAUUGGGAGAAAAAGUCAUCAGCUACUUACUCCAACUGCCACCACAUCGCCAGGCACAAGUCUACGGGUAUAGGGCUAUUUCGCAGAGUAAUAACCAUGGAUCUGAUCGCCCUAAUAUCCCAAAUUAUGAUGGGAAAGGCUCUAGGGUUAAGAAAAGAAAAAGGGGGACGAAUGAGACCUCUCCAAGUGGCUUAGGGGAUAGCAAAGUGAAUGAAGGAGAUGAGGAAGAUAAUCAAGUUGUGGUUUCCCGUCGCUUGUCUCCAGAGUUGUCCCGAAAGAGAUAUGCUUGUGCAUAUUACAAAUUUGACGGAACUAGAUACGGGCCGAGGGCUGAAUCUCGAUAUAAGUCAUGCGGAGGUCCCGGAUGGAAAGAAUUCAAUCACUACAAGCGUCACCUGCAACGGGUCCAUCUCCUACAUCAAUGUUCUCGAUGUGGCAAAAUUUGUGAUAACCCAGAUGAGCUUCACAACCACUUAGCGCAAGAUCCAAGGUGUCCCAGGUCAGAAGGGAUAGAACGAGAAGGCAUGUCUCAGCAAAUAUGGAACGACCUGCAGCAGGCAUUCAAAAGGAAUCGCAGAGGCCACGAUAAUCCUUCAGAUGAAGAGCGAUGGUUCCGCGCUUGGGAUGUCUUGUUCCCUGGGCGUGACAGACCAGCUACGCCUUACUACGAGAAGCCGCCUCUUCCUCUUGUUUUCACUCAAAUUCAAGGAGUCUUCGAAGCUAGUAUAAAUACUAUACCAGAAAUGGCUCAAGAUUCUGAUCUACGGGACAGAAUCAUGGGUUUACUAACGAGUGCUAUUGACACGGCCACUCAAAGCGCACCAUUAGAAUUUGAAGCUAUCGGCCCCAAUACCGACCUCCUACCAGUACCGGUACCGAUGUUACGCGACACUAACACGAACUAUCUAAGUAAUCUUGGAACAAACCCCCAUGGUCCUAUUUCUAUGAUUGACUGGGACCCGUUACCCCCUGUGAAUGGAUCGGGCUCCCUAGAGAACGAUCUUUUCUCAGAGGGUAUCUUCAAUAUGAAUACUGCAUUCGAUGAAGACGACACCAAUGUUUAUGUUGACGCGGAAGAUACAUGUAAGAAUUCUCUGAAAAAAAUUAAGGGAAUUACUUUCAGGUUCCCUAUGAAUGGGCUUGUCAUGCACCAUAUCCAGGGGUAUGACUUAACUACCAUGGGCGUUUAA